GCGCUUCCUGUGUUUGGCUGCAGGUGUGGCUCCAGGUGAUCACUGUACUCGGACACAUCACAGGAAGAGACCGAGAUUAAAGGACGCUGCUGGCGGCGUCCGUUUUAAUCUACAAACAAGAACAUGAUGGUGGAAGAAACGAGACAGCCGAGAAACACCACAUCCCUCCAGGCUGGACCUGGUGAGGUCGACCACAACACUCUCUAUACCAUCAAUAUGAGAGUUUCCCAGCUUAUUGGACGACAGCUGGCUCAGAUAGGGGACCAAUUGGACUACAAAUGGCGUGAAGAACUGCCUGUCCAAUGGCCACCCCUGAAUUUAGGGAUUUAUCUUUAUGCCCUAACCAGGAGAGCGUUCGCUGGCAGGAUCUUCGGCAAUGUUUGGGGGUCCAAUAUUAUGCCAAUGUUGAGGACAUCCUGGCUUGUUUCACAGAUUCAAAAUGGCUGUCAGGAGGCCAAGAAGUGUGCAGCCUGGGUAUCCAACUUGCACAUUUCUGACUGCUCUCGCAGGACCACAUACAUAUUAGCGUCUGCUUUACUUCUGCUCACUGUGUCUAUCUUCCUCAUAACUUGGAAUGAUUAUGAAGGCUGAAUGUGACACUGAGGGGGUCAAGAGCUGGUCUUUGGCUCAAAUGUAACCAAGGUUGAUUUUUAAAAGAAAAUGCUUAUUUUGCAUUCUCUUUUAUAACUGAUUUGAAUGACGUGCUGGCUCACAGAUGUAAGCUCAUAUAUUUGAUGGUUUUUGCAAGUCGAAGAUUGUUUUUGAGUGUGUGUGUGUGUUUUGAGUCUGUUGCUGGAUAAUUGGGCCAAUGAAUAGUUAUACCUCUUCCUCUAAAGGCACUACUAAAGGAAGCUAGAUUUUCUAAACCAACAAGCGCAAUAAAAUUUUCCAAAUGAAAACAAA